AUGGAAUUUGGUUUUGUUAAAUGCUCAAAGGAACCCUCUGUUUAUAGAAAAAGCUCGGAUCAUAAUCUCUUGGUUGUGGGAGUGUACGUUGAUGACUUGUUUGUCACAAUAACAAGUUUGGAGAUCAUUGUGAGGUUUAAGGAGGAGAUGUCGUCUAUGUUUGAAAUGAGUGAUCUCGCCAUGCUGUCAUAUUAUCUCGGAAUCAAGGUAGAACAACAUCAAAGAGGAAUAACGCUUAAUCAAUCAAGUUAUGCAUUGAAGAUUCUGGAGGAAGCUGGUUUAAUAAACUGCAACUUUGUUCACACACCUAUGGAAACAGAGUUGACACUUUCGAAAGCAGAGAAUGAAAGGGAGAUCGAUGCAACAGUUUAUCGGAAAAGGGUUGGUUGUCUGAGAUAUCUACUUCAUACUAGGCCUGAUCUUUUGUAUUGUGUUAGAAUAUUAAGCAGAUCGAGGGUGCCUAAGCUGAUCAGUUACAGUGACUCUAGUCAUAGUGGUGAUCCGGUUGAUGGAAGAAGCACUUAUGGACAUGUUUUCUACUUCGGUAAUAGUCUGAUCACAUGGUGUUCAAGAAAGCAAGAUGUUGUGGCUUUGUCAUCGUGUGAAGCUGAGUUUAUGGCAGGGACUGAAGCUGCAAAACAAGCAAUUUGGCUGCAAGAUUUGUUGGCAGAGAUUACUGGGAGUUCGUUUGAAAAGGUAGAAGUGGAGCAUGUUGCAGGUACUAAUCAAAAGGCGGAUAUCCUCACUAAAUCAUUAGGGAGAACCAAGUUUAAAGAAAUGAGAGAGCUUAUGGGAGUUAAGGACUUGACAGCAUUGGAGUAUGUUGGAUUAAGCUUGAACAGAGCUUGA